AUGGGUGAGACCGACGAGCCGCGCGCCGAGCUGUGGCCCUUUGUGUGCCUGGCGCUCCAGCUCAUGCUCAGCAACGUCGCUCGGUUCUCCCUCCUCGUCAUUGACGCCGCCUUUGUGGGGCACAUUGGUACCAACGAGCUCGCCGGCGCGUCGCUCGCGAUGCUCUGGAUCGACUUCCCUCUCUACACCGUGUGGGGCCUUGCCAACGCCCUCGUCGUGCUCUGCGGCCAAGCGUACGGCGCCAAAAACGGCAUCCUCAUGGGCAUUUGGCUUCAAAUGGCGCUGGUCCUCGUCACCCUCCUCGCGGUUCCCACGACGAUCUACUGCCUCUUCCUCCACGAUAUGCUGCGCGUUGCAUCGGAUGAUAGCGCGAUUGUGGCGCUGGGCGCCCGGUUUGGCGCGCUCUUGUCCCCGAGCAUGUGGCCGCUUCUCGCGUACGUCUGCUUGCGCCAGUACCUCCAAGCCAUGGGCGUCGUCGCGCCGACUACUCUAAAUGCAGUCGUCGCGGUCGGCCUCGACAUUGGCGCCAACUACGUUCUUAUUGAAGUCGCCCAGCUUGGCUUUGAUGGAUCGCCACUCGCGACGGUUCUCGUGGCGUGGCUCCAGCCGAUCGCGCUGUACCUCUACGCAUUUGAGUACAAAAAGCUCCACCGCGAUGCGUGGGGCGGCUGGAAGAUCUCGGAGCUGACGCGGCAACGGUGGACAACUUUUCUUCAAAUCGCACUCCCGCUCGGUCUCAACGACGGCUGUGACUUGCUCGCGACGGCCGCGCUCUCGCUCGUGGUAGCAAGAAUCAGCACCGAGGCGAUGGCGGCCCAUGCGAUUUUGAGCAACGUCUGGACGGUCGUGGAUGCGAUUUACUAUGGUAUCGGGCUCGCCUCGGAAGUUGGCCUUGCGACGCAUCUCGGUGGUGGCCGACCCGAGGCUGCCCGGGCCUGUGCAAGGCGCGGCGUCGCCGUGUUACUGCUAACGGGUGCUCUGGUCUGCUUGGGCCUUUGGCUCUCCCCAGCGCGGAUCGUCGGCCUCUUUACACCCGAGACGUCGCUUCUCAUCAUGUACACGGACGUUCUACCGCUGCUCGUGCUCGCGUGUGGCUUGCGUAGCCUCGAAGUCGCCUUGGUCACGACCCUCGAAGGUCUGUGCCAAAUGCGCUUCGUGACAAUCGUGACGAUCGGCGGGCUCUGGGGCGUCGAGCUGCCGCUGGCGUACUACUGCGGCCUCCACCUCGACCUUGGACUCCCGGGCGUUUGGGUUGCGUCGACAAUUGCAGUGACCUUGAAAACGAUCCUUCUUGGGCUGCGCUGCUUGCGCAUUGACUGGGCAAGCAUGGCGACCGAGGCCAUGGCCACGGCCGAAGCACGUGACGACUCCAGCACCGACGCGGACUCAACAGAUUCGAUUUGCCUUGUCGUGACGCCAGUCCACGAACCAUGCAGUACUCGACCGGCGUGGUAUGUCACGUUAACAUAAAACUAGCUGUUUGGCG